AUGGCCCCUAAAUAUUUGUGUUGCCUUCCCUUACGAUUGGGAGUUCUCAUUAUCUCCUUCCUCGAAUUCCUGUCUAGCGCUCUCGUGUCUGGUGUAAUGAUUGCACUUCUCAUUUUUGACGCUCAAGACAAGUCCCGCUGGACUGUUGGAGACACAACCGUGGACGUCCAACUGAGCGGAAGAUACAAGUACAUUGCUCUCGCGAUCGCCGUCAUCUAUGCCUUCGUCGCCAUCAUCUCGCUCCUGGGCUUCAUUGGUGCUAUUCGGAAGAAAGAGUCGAUGGUCCGAAUAUUUUCUACGCUCUGCAAAAUAAGCCUCGUCUGCCAAAUAGCAGUAACGCUUGCUGCGAUCAUCUUGUCCAUUGUGGACCGGAGUCAGCUCAAGAAAUUGUGUGUCGGGAGCUCAACGACGCAAGCUGUCAUCGACGCCUGCGACAACUUCGCAAACCGAAGGGUUUGGGAGAUGAUUUUGGGCUCCGUCUUGCCGAUAUUAUUCCAAGCCUACGGAGUAUAUAUCAUCGCUGCAUACGCAAGAAAGCUGCGGUCAGAACAAAAUUCCAUUCCUGGAUAUCGCAGUGGGCCUGCCUACGUCAAGGUGCAAGGGGAGGAGGCUCACCCAUUAACCCAAAGCGCCUUCCCACCGGCGGGCUACAGCGACGCAAGUCACAAAGUCUAA